AUGCCGCGGGCAAAUGCACGAGUAAAAGUCGCCUGCCGCCUGUGCCAUGACCGGCGGGUGAAAUGCGACCGCAAUGAAGGCACUGCUUGUUCCAACUGCCGGGCCGCGGGGUGUAACUGUGAGCCGAUUGUCUCUCGCCGUGGACGGACUCGAAAACUUCCAAUUAAAUCGAUUAAUACCGAGCAAACCAGGAGGCUUCCGCAGUCCUUUCAGAAUGUCGCUUCGAAUACAUCACGCCACGAUGAUGCUCAAGGUGAUCGCAAUGAGCACCCAAAAGAGCCCUUCUUCCCGGCUCUUGGUCCCAGCGGCAAGACGCCAUACAUUGGGGACUCUUCGAACCUCAACUAUUUGAUACAGCAAUUUGGAAAUCCAUUCCGGGUUACUACGGAUACCCGCCCACUGGAGGACCACCUUCACGGCGCAAUGCUGGCACGGCUGGGCAGCUCAACAGCGCAGCAUAUGGAGAGACUUCAUACAUCUGCGGUUCAAAGCCUUCUGAAUGAAGGGGUAUUCGACCUCCCACCAACAGAGAUCAGUGAUUCCCUUGUCGAUGUCUACUUUCAGUAUUCGUUUCCUUCACUGCCGGUGCUCGAUAGAUCAGCUUUCCUUGCAGCUCGUGAAGAAGGCACAGUAUCACGCUUACUCUUGAAUGCUGUUUAUCUCGCUGCGAGUAUAUACUGUUCAGAUUCCCUCGUUGCUGCUGCCGGGUUCGCCUCCCGAUACGAAGCCAGCCUCACGUUUUACCGAAGAACCAAAUCUCUUUAUGAUGCUGGGUACGAAGCUGAUUCGAUCGCAAUCAUUCAAGCUACAUUCCUUGCGUCUCAUUGGUGGAGUGGUCUCCUCGAUCACAAAGAUCCGUGGUACUGGCUUGGUAUUUCCGCGGGAAUGGCACAGGCUGUGGGGAUGCAUCAAGCGAAGUCUUAUGGACGCCUUCAGCCGAGAGAUCGCAAGUUAUGGCGCAGAUUGUGGUGGAUGGUCUAUGCUAUGGACAUCAACUUAUCUAUGCUCUUAGAUCGUCCACCCCGUGUACAAGGGAGACUUUGCGAUGUAGCCCCGCUGUCAGAAGCUGAUUUUGACCUGGUAUCUGGGUUGUUGGAGAGAGACUGUCUAGGCGGGACUCAACGUGAGCAAUCGCUGUUUGUGGUAUAUGCUGUUCAGCUGGCUCAGACAGUCGAUGGCCAUUAUACUAUCAAGCUCGGCAAUUCCAAUGGACUGGCACAGGACCGCUGCCUAGAGGAAAUUUCAUUGUGGUCAUCAUCACUUCCCCCUGAAUUACAGUUUUCGUCCGCAAACGGCAAUGUAUGGGGCACUCUGAUUCAGAUUCUCUAUCAUGAAUAUCGACUGCUCUUGCAUCGGAGUAAUCCUAGAUUUUCACAGAGCACAGGGCCAGGCACUCCAACCUUCCAGAUAUGCACACACAUCGCUAGCAUGCUGGAGUUCCUUGUGACGAGCGAUCUCAUAUAUGCCGCUGCAGCUACCAUACUUCCUGCUGUCCUCUCAACGCUUUCUAUCCAUAUUGUCAAUAUCCACAAGGGGGAUACUGGUGCCCGACUCAUUUCCGAGCAUCGAGCCCGCUUCUGCAUGUUAAUCCUCGAUAAACUGCAAGACCGAUGGCCAGUCGUUGCGUCAUUCUAUCCCAUAUUUGACUCCCUUCUUAAGCGAUGCUCCAUCGAUGUACCUAUACACCAUGAUACAGUUGGCCCAGAACUUCAAGAAGCAGGAUCAUCAAUGGGGAAAAUUUCUCAUGGACCUUGCAAUAAUAACAACGACAGCAUUCUGGACGGCCAUAAUGACUCGUUUAACCCCAUCUUGCAAGACAACAUGAACACAACAUUCCCAUUCUCAUCAUUCACCAACAUAUUUGAAGAUGUCUUUUUGAGUUUACCACCCCUCCAGUCUGAAUUACUCCAUGGAGGAGAUGCUUUUCUGCAGUAA